CGUUGCUGGAAAUGAUGCGGGAAUGAUGAAGCCUAUAAAAGGGACGUCACCGUCAGACAGUCACUCUACAUCUCGCCCGAACGCGCCGUUCUUCAAGCCCGAUCAUCCAUCCAUCCUUCUUCUUCUUCUUCUGGGACGACUCUUCAGCGGACAAGAUGAGAAUGAUCCCUCUGCUCGUGCAGCUGGCCAUCUGCUUUGCCAUCGGAAGUACUCUGAAGUGCUGUUCUGUUAACAUUGACAAGGACCAGGUGGAAGCCUGGAGCUUUGCUGCAAGUUGUACCAACCCGCAGUCCUGUGGCAGUGCAGAUAAAUGCUUCAUCACUAAAAACGUCGCCAAUGGUGAAGUCUCCUACACCGUGGGCUGCAAGACAGGAGCUCAGAUAGCUGAUUGUGCCAAGGUAGAAACUCAUUGCUGUGAUGAUGCUGAUGGCUGCAACUGGAUCCACCCGGGCAAGGAAAAGGAUGCGUGUACAAAACAAGUCGAUGAAGUCAAGGGGGCAUGCAAAGACACGCCCAACACCAUCAAGGACUGCAUGGACAAGGUCGCCGCAGCCAGGAAGUGCAUCAGUGACAAUACUCUCAAGUGCUGUUCUGUUAACAUUAACAAGGACGAUGUGGAAGGCUGGAGCUUUGCUGCAAAUUGUACCAACAAGGUCGACUGUGACAAAGGUGCAGAUAAAUGCUUCAUCACUAAAAACGUCGUCAACAAUGACGUCUCCUACACCGUGGGCUGCAAGACAAAGGCUCAGAUAGCUGAAGAUUGUGCCAAGGUAGAAACUCAUUGCUGUGAUGAUGCUGAUGGCUGCAACUGGAUCCACCCGGGCGAGGGAAAAAAGUGUGAAAGCCAAGUCAAUGCAGUCAAGACGGCAUGCAAAGACACGACCAACACCAACAUCAAGGACUGCAUGGACAAGGUCACCGCAGCCAGGAAGUGCACCAGUGGUGUGGGGGGGCUGCAUGGUGGUUUGGGCCUGCCUUUGGUCUUGGCCAUCAGUGUGAUUGUGUUGGUGGUACUGGGCUAACACCCCCAUGCCCCCUUCCCUCUUUUUCCUCUUUCACAUGAAAAGCCUAAAAAAAGAAAAGAACAUAGUCCAACACAGCAACUUUCCAUCAACCUGACCUGAUAUGUGAUAUUCCCCCCCCCCCCCCCACAUGACCAGCCCCUCCUUUGUUGGUAGCACUCGGGGGUGUCAGAUGUGCGGCCCCGGGGCCCAUUAAGGUCUUAAUAUAAACAUGAUUUCAAUGGCAGAGUUGAACAAAGUGGUCAUUCAUUCUAAAAGUGUCAAUAUUGGAAAAAGUACUUUUUGGCAAAUUCGUCGGCAGAACAAAUUGCUGAGACGAGAAGAAAAUGUCUGAGAGGAAAGUUGAACUGGUUGUUGGGAAAUAAAAAAUGAAAAUGAAGAAAAAAGCUCUGAUGUGUAAAUGAAAGUUGUUAGAAUGUCAUGAGUAGAAUGUCAUCAUGAGUAGAAAAUUCUACACAGGAAGUUGAAAUGAUUGUACAAUGAAUAAAAACCAAAUCAAGUGUCAUUUUUGUCCAAAUGGGAUGGAAAAGGCAUUAGAAGGAAAUGUACAAGAGGCUGUUUGAAAGGACUGUAAAAUAACAUUUUUCAACAAUAAAUUCACAUUGGAGCACA